GUUAUCAACCAUUUGAAUAAACGCUGGAUUCAAGUGCUGAGUGGUGGUUAACAGUCUGGCGAUAGUAGCAAAACAAGAUAAGAACUUCGCUAGGCAUAUCGCCUUCUCUCUUCUAUGCAAUAUUGAUUUUACUCGUCGGACAUCAACAUGAAUCAGAAAACAUAACUUUUACAGAGUUUCUCAUCAGGACGCAGCGCAUUGCUCUUUUCCAAACGGAUAUCUUACAACGGUGUGAUGAAGCACUGAGAUUUUACACCAUAAGUACUUUGUACCAACAUGUCUAAACCAAUGGAUCACGUAAAACGACCGAUGAAUGCCUUCAUGGUUUGGUCCAGAGCGCAGAGAAGAAAAAUGGCUCAGGAGAACCCAAAAAUGCACAACUCCGAAAUCAGCAAAAGAUUGGGAGCGGAGUGGAAACUUCUCACUGAGUCGGAGAAAAGGCCAUUCAUUGACGAAGCUAAACGACUGAGAGCAAUGCACAUGAAGGAACACCCUGACUAUAAAUACAGACCUAGGCGAAAGCCAAAGACUCUGAUGAAAAAAGACAAGUUUGCCUUCCCAGUGCCCUACAAUCUUGGGGAGCACGACGCGCUUAAAGUUAGCGGUUUAUCUCAUGGAGCACUUUCCGAACACCUAUUAGGGAACCCGGACAAGGCAGCGGCGGCCGCAGCAGCGAGAGUCUUUUUCAACCCGUCCAUGUCCACGAACCCCUAUUCAUUUUUUGAGCUCGGAUCGAAGAUGUCAGAGCUAUCCUCGCCCUCGUUUCCUUACCCAUCUCUGGGCUACCCUGGUGGCACGGCUUUCUCUGGAACUGGCGGUAUCGGUGGAACUCACACCCACACUCACUCUCAUCCAGCCCCGGGCAACCCAGGCUACAUGAUCCCCUGUAACUGUACGGGCUGGCCCUCUGCGGGUCUCCAGCCACCGUUAGCCUACAUCCUACUCCCCGGGAUGGGCAAACCUCAACUUGACUACCCUGCAUAUGCAGCGGCAUUAUGAUAGCCCAUUGGACUUAGGAGAAGUUUAAAUGUGAAAAAAUAUUCAUGCAAGAGUUUAUUAUGCAUGCACAAACUUGUACAUGUGAUAAAGUGCUCGUCGUCUCAGAUAUCACAUGUGUAUGUAUAUUGAUUAAUGCCUUUAUCUAAGGUAGGGCCUAAUGCUUAUUUAGAGAACUCUCGAAACUAAUAUUCAUCUGUCAAAUCCCAGAGGGACAGAACCAAAGGAUGGCAGGAAUACAGAGAGCAAAGGGCCCUUGUCAAUGUGAAUACUCAUUUGAAAGGCACCAUGUCUGUUGCUAAAGCACCUGCUUUACUGGCUUGUUAUCCAGUAGGCAGUUUACGAUAUCACACAACAAAUCAGAUAUAAACAGGAACUGGUCAUACUUAUCUUCAUAUAUUUGAUCUGAUAAUUAAAUAUGGUUUAAGAAAUAUAAAUCACUUGCUUUUAUAUGAUUUAUAUGGUUGGUCAAGAAGGAUUGUUCAUUUCUUGUGCUUCUGGCUACGCUCGUGUUGCUUUAUUGUUUCAAUCAGAACGACAUAAGCCUGUAAAUGUGUACAGAUAGCCUAAAUGAUGGUCAUAUUUAAUUUGCCAUUUGGCUAGUAUUUGAGAUGUGGUCUGGAACUGACUGGGUGGUUUGGCUCAAAAUCCAGUUGAUAUUUUACGUUUUCAAACACUGUUUUAUAGAUGUCUGUAAUAUUUAUUGUUUAGUGGGAAUCAUUAUGCUGACCCGGUUGAUUGAACAGUGGACAUACCUUGUCCUGUAACAUUUGCACAGGAAAUAUUAAGUGCUUAUGGGAUGUCAUUUAUUUAAAAGAAUCACACUGCCAAGUAUGACGAGCCUAAAAGUUUGUUUUUAAUUCGACAACAAUCGGUAUCCGUUCUUUCAACAUUGGCAAUUCACCAAAUUGUCAUUUAUUAUUUUUGGUUUCUUGAAUCCUUCGCAUUUAUGUGCGUAAGGUGCAGCACUCGUUUUUACUAACUCUUAAUUCAUUCAGUUGUAUGUUUUGUGUUUUAUUUAAACACCACUUACAUGUACUUUAAACUCGUAAAUUCUAUUAUGUUCAUUUGUUGAACAAAGGGUUAUAAUAAAGCUAUUGCGGACAAACAGAAAGAAUCGCGCUGAAGUUCUUGUUGAAUUGCUAACAAGAUUUUUUAUCUGAAUUGCCCUGAUGUGGUCAGCCCAGGUGGAGUGUAAUGUAUCCUCCUGUUCCCGCUGUGAAUAUCAUUACUCGGAAAUCUAAAUCCACCCAUUGUAAAUCAAGAGCCAAAACCGGAUUUAUCACACUUUUAAUCGUGAAUAGGAAGGAAGAUAAAACUGAGUGAGUUUCUUUAAGCCCUCCCAGUAAAAAUGAGCUCUUUAAGUCUGUAGAAGUCUUUGAGGUUUAAAACAGGGCCUGAAUUAAGUGUCAGCUUCCAAUUACAAAACACAACUAAUUGCAUUGUAUUUAAUGUAAUUUUGUUAUAUAUACUUUCCUCAA